AUGACAGGAACUACUUGGCCAGGAGGCAGCUCGUGCCUUGUACCGGUUCAGAUGGCCUUGGAGGAUGUCAACGCAUAUCCGGGCCUACUUUACGGAUACAAUCUCACCUACGAGUACAUCGACUCCAUGUGUACACGUGGUAUUUGCGUCUAUGAGACGUUCAAGGCCCUUAACGAGUAUCCCAGUUACAUGAUGCUCCUAGGAGACGCGUGUUCACCAUGCACAGAGUCGACGGCAGAAGCCUCAUAUUACUACAAUAUUACCCAGCUCAGUUACGGUGCCACAUCGCCAAUCCUUUCGGACCGCGCUCGGUUCAAACGCCUCUUCCGGUUGAGUGCCCCGGAUCAGUCUAUGAACCCUACCCGCGUCAGUCUCUUGCGGGCCUUCAACUGGAAACGGGUGGCAAUAAUACACGAGGCCCUUGAGUUCUUUUCUGUGUCAAUUAACGAGCUUGUGGGGGCCCUUAAGGAAGCUGAUAUAGAAAUAAUCUCCCAAGAAGUUUUCAUCCAAGAUCCGGUCGCAAGACUGUGGAAUAUGAAGGCGUACAAGCUAGGCAUGUAUGGGCUGAAGAUCGUGUGGAUAUUCCCCGGUUGGUACGCCGAGAACUUCUGGCAAACUCAACAGAAUGACAUCGGCUGUACUUCAGAACAAAUGAAUGCCGCAGUCGAGGGUUCUUUCCUCACAAGCGCUAUUUUCUACAACCCUAUAGAGGAGAGGGGAAUCGCAAAUAUAACAAGUUCAGAGUUCCAAAAGAGGUUCACAAGCCACCCGUCCUACAACCAAGCCACUAGCGGCUACGACAUAGUGUCUGGACAGUGCUACGAUCAUAUCUGGCUAGGUGCGAUGGCUCUAAACUGCACAGUCAGUGCUCUGGAAAGCAUGGGGGGAAAGCGAGUCUUGGUGGCCUACUUCCGACAGGAUCUCGCCCCUGAUUCUUACUUUGAGUGGAUCAAAGGUGCCCUCGUCUGGAAAGGUUCCCUCAUUAUCCGAGCAUACAAGCAGAAGAGGAUAAAGGACCGAAAGAAAGCUUAA